GCGCGUUUGAUAUUCAAGAAAAUUUGUGUACAAACCCAAAUCCUAUCGGUAAUUUAUUGCCCGGAAACUACGGGGGAGGGAGCGAGUACUAGAAGCAUACUCUUGCUUCAACUUCGGGGACAAAUUUCCACUCAAAGAUUGGUGCGUAGAUACGGAUAGCGUGUCCGUCGACACUUCAGUAACCAGAGUGUGACAUUAUAUACAUACGGCGUAAUAUCGACGCACGCCCGACAAGAUGACAAGUGCCCCUGCAGCCGCACCGGCUCCUGCGCAACAUAAUCAAGCGCAGCUGGACCCCAAGAUGCUGAAGCGCGACGACAGCAGCUACCAGCUCGACCACAAGUGCGUCGACGGUGGCCCUUCCGCCAUGCGCCACAUUCCGACGCAGACGACGUUGGCGCCCAGUUGCUCGGCCGGCACGUUGUACCGCGGAUCCACCAUGGGCAGCAGCAACUCCUUGUGGAGUGAGCACGUGGGACCGGCGUCCGGCUUGCAGCGCCGCGAGGAGUCGUCCUCCUCCCUUGUGAUCGAAAAUGGGGUUACCUUCUUCCGCGGCCGCGAGACGCUGAACUCCACGCCGUCACUGCUCUCCCCGCGCAACGAUUCGUCCAUCGACGAGCCCGAUAACUUGCCCCAACUUUCGACGUCCAAAACGCUCUCCAAGUCCAGCACCACCGCAGCCACCAGCUCCGCGGACGAAAAGUCGUCUCCCUCUCUCCGAUAUGAAUUGCACAUGUAUCGUACCACCGUACUAGUAGUCAUUGCAAUACAAAGUAUUUCGGCAUGACAGACGGAAUUCAUCAUGCUGAUUUAACUUGGAAAAAAGAUUUGCCUUGCGUGACUGCGAUUACGAUACUUCUGCAAUGCAUAUCCGACUGCAGCUCGGGGAAGCAUCUUCCGCCACGACUGACGGCGUUCUAGCCGGCCUGCCGCUCGAGCGCGACCCGGCUCCGGAGAAUAGUGUGACGAAAGCGGCGCUGAAUAUCGGGUUUCCGAUUUUACUGCUCUACCGGCUCGCGUUUCUCUACAUCGCGAAGGACGCCGAGGCCAUUGAGAGUACCUCCAUUUUCCUGUCGGCCCAGGGCUUCGGGGACGUAUCGUCGGUCUUCACGAUCGAAUUGGUAGCGAACUUACUGACGGUGGAAGUGUUCGCCGUCACCGCGCUGGCAGCUUUCUUUCUGCACUGGAAGGACUGCGGUCACUUUCUCAGCGUCUGGUAUACUCACUUAGCAGGAUAGGGAGGCCGUCUAGUGGUGUUAGGCUCAUCGAAGAUCAUUUGCAAUUGCGACGACAGAUUUUCAUUUUCAAAUUCCUACUUACAUACCCUCGGCCUUGUUGAAGAUGAAGUAAGUAGUUCCGAAAAGAAACAUGAAUAAAAUAUCUUCCAUCACACGACGGCACAUCAUAUACAGGGUCUUCCUCGUCUAUACCCACAUCUGCGGCAUUCGGUUCUUUAUGUACGAGCAUCCGUUGACCCGGUUCCUACCCCUGCUCCUCUAUCGCCAGAAAAAACUGUUUCACUGUUGUAAACUUGUAAUGCAGAAAAUGUAUCUCAAUCUCACAAGUGUUUGUCUUGCUACACAUGCAAGACAGUGGAUUUAUUUUAGCUGUAUUUUGGUUUUCCCUUCGGAACCUUGCAUGGCAAAUUUUCUCUGUCAUGUAGAGCUACAGCUAACGUGUGAUGCAAUAAAACCUGUAAAAUCCUUACAGUGAAACACUUUUUUCCUGCGAUAUCCUCGGCACCUGCUGCAUUCCGUAUCUGACCCAGUGGGUCCAGAUCCACAGCCUGAACACGCACGCCACGGAAGUGCGGGUCCCGCCGUUCCCCAUGAAAAAACACGACUACGUCAACGAUUCGAAGCAAACCUUCCAGACGCCAGCCUAUUUGGGGAACUUCCUGGUACGAUUUUACGCCAGGACCCCGAAGUUUGAGUUUUCAUUCUGAUGUUGUGCUAUAACUUCUUUCAUCAUGACAUGACUUUGUAUGCUCUAGCUCACUUCUACGUGUACUUGUUGUGUACGACUACAAACCCCUACUUCUACUCCAGGCUUCCCGCAUCACGAACGACAACGCGCGUUGGGCUGUGACGCUGUUUCUGUACGCGUUCCCGACCAUCGGGGCCUUCAUCGGUAUCUACCGCGGCUACAUCUUCGCAACCACCGCGGUGGUCCGGCCGACCACCCCGAGUGACCAGGACACCGUCGUUAUUCUUGUCUCCAUCACCAUCGCCAUGAGCGCAUUUGCGGCAAUCUGCGACAUGAUUGCAUACGGGAUCGCGAUUUUCUCGCUGUUUAUGCAAUGCAAAAGCAUCGUACUAGUAGAAAUCGCAUGACAAAUUAUCUCAGCAUGAGAAACGAAAUUUGUAAUGCGGAUUUAGGUGAAGAAGGAGAUUUGUAACGCAUAAAUGCAAUUACUACGAGUACGAUACUUUUACACAGGAUGCUGCUCCGCCUCGGACAAAACGUGAAGAACUCGAAAGAAGUCUACACCACUGGGCCCUACGAGCCCCCGCGGUUGGACAACGACACCAUUGACAAACUGAUCGCAAAGGCGAAGUACUUAUGCAUUGCAAAAGUAUCGUACUCGUAUAAAUGAAAAUGCAUUGCAAAUAAUUUCCUUAGCAUGAGAAAUCAAAUUUGUAGUGCGGAUCUGCCUGAAGAAAAAGAUUUGUAAUUGUGCAUGACUGCAAUAGCAAUCACUACGAGUGCGAUACUUUUGCAGUUCAUAGGGCGUGAAGAUGUACGGAAACAAAACCCCCGGAGGGUCGCAAUUCCUCAUCGGCAAGAACGCCAUGCGGAAAACGAUUGACUCGAUUGUCACCCCGGUCGCAGCGAAUAUGGACGUCGAAAGUUUAUGCACUGCAAAAGUAUCGUACUGGUAUAAAUUGCAUUACAAAUUUUCCCGAGAACAAAAAUGCAAUUUGUCAUGCUAUUUCAGGUAGAAAAAUGGAUUUGUCAUGCAUAUCUGCACUUGGCACGAGUGCGAUACUUUUGCACAGGAUAGAGUUGCGCGGAUGGCGAUAGUUACCACGCGAUGAUCGAUGUCGAUGAAGACGUCUUCAGGGAGAUGACGGUGGUGUUGCCCGCUUACAUGCCCAACGAGGAGGAUAUUAUCCUCGAUGUAUGACAGUGCACAACUCCUCCUCCACCACCCCCUCAUUUGUAUAGCAUGAACGGCAAUACAAGCAUCAGCAAGAAUGCUGGGGUUGCAUGACAAAUUUGCACAGGAGUGUAGUUCUAUUUUGGGUACCAGAACUUGUCAUGCAAACAGUGCCAUAAGGCAGCGAAUGGAUUCGGGACUUUGCAUGACAAAUGACGGCACCCCUCGGACCCCCUUUGUGCUCAGUGCACCCCUCGGACCCCGCAGCCCCAGGGCUUUAGUCGCGCAGUCUGUUAAGCAUGACAAAUGACGGGGACGAGGGGGAGUUGUGCACUGUCAUACGAUGUGCUGGAGUACUACAAGCGAGAGGAACCCAAGUACCCGGGUGGGUACAAGGUACUUCUAUCUUCUACAACCCAGCACGACUUCUCCGACUAUUUUCAAUUAAAGCUUUACUCAUAGAAGAUAGAACCAUGUUGAGAGGGAGAACGAACAGGAUGUCUACGAAUCUUACUUGAGUUGUAGCAUCGAGAAGUACAACUGGUGCUGCAAUUUUUUAGGACUGGGUAACUAGACUGAGGUGCCGCCCAUGCUGUUUGGUCUGAUGGAUGUUUACGCGCGCAAGCGGUCUCGACGAAUUGGUUGGACAUACUGCGUGGCUCAGCCGCACUCGUUGUCGUGUCGGUUUCGACCCUCACGCGGCGACAGCUGCCUGUCUGGCAACCUGUCACCGCCUCUUCGUGGCCUUCGCCACCGGUCGUUUGUGCUCGACCCUGCUUCCUUUCGCUGUGCGACUGGGGGUGGGUCUCGAGUACAAAACGACCGUCCCACCUCGGGGGAGAGGUCAACUUCUCUUGUCCUGGAUGACAAAGUUACCACCUCUUGGUACACCAUCGGUUCAUCUGCGAUGAACCUGUGCCCGUCGGCACUGUGGCUGCGUCUUCGCGCCACGCUGCACCUCACGCAGCGCUGCACCUCACGCAGCGCUGCACCUCACGCAGCACCGUCGCAUUGUUGCGACCAUGUGUCCCUCACGACACGCGUCUGUGGUGCGCGAGCACCCCUUCGCACCCAGUGCUGCCUCUGCAGCACGCGUUCUUACGUUGCCUGCUCCCCCAAGGGGGACCGAGCAACGUGCGGUUGGACACCGCCAGGCGUGUGUGUUAUGCUCCACCGGUGCGCAGGCUAGAAGACCUGCGCACGCGUCGGUGUCGGCACUCACACCUCAUGCCUAGGGGGCGCAGCUCUGGCAGCUGCCGCGCCCUCGUCGCCUCGCACCUCCCCGUCUGGUCCAGAUCGGGUUGUGUGAGUGCAUAGGCCCGUGCGUCGUGCGACCUCGUAGGUGAGGGUCGGGCGCUACGGGCCUCCCGCCCGCACAUCCACGUGCGGCGCGGGUGGCGUCGUGGAUCCAGCGCACCGCUCGUGCGCCUGCGAUCCUGACGUUCUCCCGGGGGGUGCGCGUAGCGCUCCCCGUCCAUCUCUCGUGCCACUCAUGGCACUGGCGUGUUCUGCCACUACGAUGUGGUGCGACACGCCGUCCUUCUCCUCUUGCACUGCACGGUCGGGUCGCGGCUGCAACGCCUUGUUGCACCCGCGCGACCCGCCCGUCCUGCCCUGCGUGACCCGCGCGUCACGCAGGCGUGCACACGUGGUUGCACAGGCGUGUGCACACGUUCCCGACCCUGUAACGCGCGCACGCCAGCGUGCAUGCGCGCGUUCGCCGGCACACAUGCGCACGGUUGUGCACAUGUACGUGCCAGCACGCACGCUGCGAUACAACGGCGGUUUUUAUCCGCCGGCGCCAGUAGCAUCGAGAAGUACAACUGGUGCUGCAAUUUUUUACCGAUGCAAGAACUUAGUGGAAGUUUACUGAAGAAGAUGAUCAUGUUGACCUGGAACAACAUCAUGCUCUUCAACACGCAAAAAUACAAAUCCAUUUAGGUCCUCCUGGUCUGGAAUAGUCCGAAGCAGGGUGAUAUGCAAGAAUGCAAAUGUAUCGUACUAGUAUGAACAAUUGCGUGGCAAAUUUUCCCACACGAAAUAAAUGAAAUUUGUCAUGCAGAUUCUGAUUCAGGUAAGCGUAAGAAAGCAGAUCAAUCUGUAAUGCUAGACUCGCAUUUAUUGAUAUACGAGUGCGAUGCUUUUGCAAUGCAUAGGUGACGCGCACAAGGAGAUCACCGAGAAACUCGCCGAAUUCGAUAUGACCUGCUCAAACGUUACAACCUCAAGCGUUACAAUAGAAGAAUUCGGGUUUUGUAUUGCAUGAUGAGCAUGACAGACUCGGACAGCAUUCCACUUUCUGCAAUACAAAUUUCGCCAGAUUGUAGUGCGGAUUGCGACUCCAGAACUUGUCAUGCGCAAUCCUACGAGAGUUGGCUAGGUAAUGCACUUCUGGCAACACAAAUUCCAGACUUUAUUGCAACGUUUGAGAUUGCAACACCUGAGCAGGUUAUAUUCGAAAAGCAGUGGCCGAAGUUCAAGGCCCUGCGCAUCAUGGAGUCCACCUGCAAGGCAGAUAACCUGAACGUCGCCAUCCGCAUGCUCGUAUGCAUGACAAAAGUAUCGUACUAAGUAUAAAUCGCAUUACAAAGUUUUUUCAGAAGGAAAGAUGGAUUUUGUAUAUGGUGAUUUGCCUAAGAAACACGAUUUGUCAUGCGUAAUUGCAAUUAGUACAACCACGAUACUUUUGCAGAGCAUAGCUGGACACGGAUUUCGCGCUCUUCAACGAUUCGGACACCAUUGUCUCCGCCGAAACCAUGUGCCGGGCGGCGAUGCACAUCUUCGGGCCAGAGCAGUACGACGUCGCGCAGGGGCGGAACAUCUACUGCAAGGACGACUACGAGUAUUCAAGAAAAAAAGUGUUUUACUGAAGGCGUCUACGUCUUCGAGUGACAGCAUGACAAACUUCCUGCGCAUGGCAGAGAAAGUUUGUGUUGCAUCAAAGCUACGUACGUGAUGAAAGCACACCUGAAAAGAUGAUCGCAUGGGUGUUUGGAAUGACAAGCGUAAACUGUUUUGCAAUUUCUGCGUCACAGACUUACAACUCUUAAGCACACAGCUUUUUUCUUGCAUAGCGAGGGCUUUCCCGAGGGGCCGGACAGUUUUCGACCCACCACCGCGCUGAUGGCGUUUCGCGACUCUUUCGCACAGACGAAUACCUUCAUGGGCUUGUUGUUCGAAAUAGGCAUCGGAAAUUUGAAUUCCCCGCACGCGACACACAAAAGUUCCAGCAUUUAGAGACAGACUGUAAAACAACUUGUCAAUCUGUCGAGGAUCGAACGCAGGCCUUGUCAUGCAAAAACGACAUUUGUUCGUCGUGUGCGAGAAAUUUCCUGCGGAUACGGCAGGAGUAACUUCAACGGCCGCGGCGGCUUCUGGCGGACCAGCGCGGUCAAACAGGUGGAGUUUGACACCAGAACGUUGGCAGAAGACCACGACGCGAGCUGCCGGGGAUUCAUGUACGGUUUUUUCUAGUGCACAAGCACGAGCGGGCUUCGCUCUCGUUUAAGCUCCUUUGCUGGGUGUGGGUUUCUAUAGAUGCGCCUUCUUCUUCUCCUCUCCUCAAUCAUGCGCUUGCCCUUGCGCUUCCAAAUCCAAUGUAUAAAAAUUACGCACUUCUCUUCAGGUAUUUCGGACAGCGGGGUGUGUUGGAUAACAAUAUGCUGUGCCAGGAGCGCGAACCCGCCACCCUUGCGACGAUCAACAAGCAGCGAAGAAGGUGGAUGCACUGCGCGUUGCAGGUAUGCUUUUUCAUCUACUUACUUUUGAAGCACUUCACAACUGCGCCGUCGUGCUUCUAUUUUCUCCGUGUGUCGUGAUCAAACUCAAAGAACAAGGAUGAACUUAUUCAUUUCAUUGACUUCAUUUCUGAACCUUAACCUUUUUCAUACAGCGCGAUGAACUGCACAUGCACUGGUGAAAAUCAAUAUCAAAAUUGCAAUAUCAUCCGAAAAAUAAACUCAGAUUAUGGACCGGACAAUCUCCUGGAACUGGUCUAGUAAGUCCACCAAGGGCUUCCUCGAGCGCUGGAUCUACUGGUACACGUACACAGAAAAUCGCACACCCACGGAAUCCCCGUUGUUUUACCUCUUUUACUUCGAGGUGUUCGGCAUGUGCUGCCGCGCGCACCAAGAGUUUUUGAACUCCAGUGAACACACCGAGGCGGCGUGGGCCUUGGAGGCCGGGUAAGAUGUUCUAGAACCGUGCGCGACGUUUCUAAAUUCAAACUUUGAAGAUGUUGACAGUGCUAAUGGCAGUCCUGGUACGUAAAAGUUUAUUUCUUUACAGCAACACAAAUUCACUGCUAUAUGCAUAUGCUCUGUUGAUCAAAAUCAAACUCUCAGGUACCAGUACAUGUUUUGGAUGGGUCUGUUUGCGCUGAUCCUCCGGGUGAUUUACAUCGGGCAGCACGUCUCGCAGUGCCGCUACAAUCCGGCCUGGUUCCGGCUCUGCAUCCCCGUGCACAUGGUGUCCAUGGUCCUGCAGGGCUGCUACCACAAGCUGCACGCCUACCACGAUUACUACUGGGGCACCGGAAAGUGGGUCUGCACCGCCCGGGCGACCGCGCAACCAAAAAGCACGGCGGGCAGCGCGGCGGCGGCAAGCACGAUGAAAGAGCCGCUGCUCGGGUAG